UCAUCAGAGGACGGCUGGAUCUGCAGACGUCAGUAUCAGGUAGCCUUCAUCUUCAGCAUCUGCAUCAUCUCAUCAUCCUCACCAUGAAGACGCUGACUGUGUCUGCACUUGUUUGUGCCCUGAUGGUUCUGACUCGAGCUGCUGUUCUUCCAGAUGGAAUGCCUGUAAAAGACCAAAUAGCAAAGAGUCAUCUGGUCAAGAGGUCCGUGUCUUGUCCCGGAGGUUGGAGUCCGUUCAAUGGUCGCUGUUUCCGCUACUUUCCAAGACCUCUGACUUGGGCUAAAGCUGAGAAAAACUGUGAGUCCAUGGGAGGAAACCUUGCAUCCGUUCACAACAUCCUGGAGUACCAUGAGAUUCAGAGGCUGAUUCUGAGCGGCAGUCAUGAGUAUAAGCAAACCUGGGUUGGAGGCUCUGAUGCACAAGAGGAGAAGCAAUGGUUCUGGACUGAUGGUACUCCUUUCCGCUACAUGAACUGGUGUGAUCGUGAGCCUAACAAUAGCAGAGGACGGCAGCAUUGUUUACAAGUCAAUCAUGGAGCUGAGAAGUGCUGGGAUGACGUGGAGUGCUACUUACGAAAACCAUCAGUCUGUGCCAAGAAAAUCUGAUUCCUGGACAGAGAGUGAGGCAGAAAGUACCCAUAAAAGUACUGUUGUGUGCAUGAUCUCAAACACAUCUGGCUGUAUUUCAUAUCUAUAUUUUGCUUUUCUAUCGCUGUAACGCUAAUUAAGAAAGGAUACGACAAGUGACAUGAACAGGAGCUGCAUUGACUUUGAGGCCUUGUGCCUUAAUUAUAGCAGACUGAGUGUUUUAUGGAAAGAAUGCUUUUAGCACAACCUUACAUAUAUUCUUCAUAUAUAACCAUUCUGUCUUUAUGCAUGAAUAAAAGGCUCAAGCAUUGAAACAAGUUGGUCU